CCUCACACGCUAUUGGCUCAGACGACCCGUCUAUCGCCUGCGCUUGCCUUCUGUCAUCGGAACACACGCGCAGCCAUGAUGGCGGCCUACGGUGUAUCUCGGGGAGGCCGCGGUUUGUUCGACUGCUUGAAGCUGUCGUUAAGAAGUCUGGCGCCGGUCAAACAUGGGGCGCCGACGCUGCAGACGAACCGCUGCUACUCGGUCAGCCACCUUUCCGUGAGGGAGCGCAUUGAGCAGAAACGCAAGGCGGCGCUGGUCGGAGGAGGUCAGAAGAGGAUCGACGCGCAACACAAACGGGGAAAACUGACCGCUCGAGAGCGAGUGGCGCUCCUCCUGGACGCUGAGUCCUUCGUGGAGACUGACAUGUUCGUGGAACACCGUUGCUCCGACUUUGGCAUGGAGCAGGAUAGAAACAAGUUCCCUGGUGACAGCGUGGUGACGGGAAGCGGCAGAAUCAACGGCCGCUUGGUGUACGUCUUCAGUCAGGAUUUCACUGUGUUUGGUGGCAGUCUAUCUGGAGCUCACGCACAAAAAAUUUGCAAGAUCAUGGACCAAGCCAUGAUGGUGGGAGCGCCCGUCAUCGGCCUCAACGACUCUGGAGGCGCUCGCAUCCAAGAGGGCGUUGAGUCUCUGGCGGGAUACGCAGAUAUAUUUCUGAGGAACGUAAUGGCGUCCGGGGUGGUACCUCAAAUCUCCCUUAUUAUGGGACCGUGUGCAGGUGGCGCCGUUUAUUCGCCCGCGUUGACGGACUUCACCUUUAUGGUUAAGGACACAUCUUACCUUUUUAUCACGGGUCCCGACGUAGUCAAGUCCGUCACCAAUGAAGAUGUUACUCAAGAGGAGCUAGGCGGAGCCAAGACGCACACAAGUGUAUCAGGGGUGGCGCACCGUGCAUUCGAGAACGACGUAGAAGCGCUACUGCAUUUGCGCCACUUCUUCAACUUCUUGCCGCUCAGCAAUCAGGAUGCUGCGCCGGUCAGGGAGUGUCAUGACUCCAGUGAGCGCCUUGUCCCAGCGCUGGACACAAUCGUUCCAUUUGAGUCAACGAAGGCCUACGACAUGUUGGACAUUAUCCACGCUAUAUCGGAUGAGAGAGAAUUCUUCGAGAUCAUGCCCGAUUACGCCAAAAACAUUGUGGUAGGAUUCGCUCGCAUGAACGGGCGAACGGUGGGCAUGGUGGGUAACCAGCCCAAAGUGGCUUCUGGCUGCCUGGACAUCAACUCAUCAGUGAAGGGUGCUCGCUUCGUGCGCUUUUGCGACGCCUUUAACAUUCCCAUCGUGACCUUCGUGGACGUGCCUGGUUUCCUGCCAGGCACGUCCCAGGAAUACGGCGGCAUCAUCCGACACGGAGCCAAGCUGCUGUUUGCUUUCGCCGAGGCUACCGUGCCCAAGAUCACCGUCAUCACCAGAAAGGCUUACGGUGGCGCGUAUGACGUGAUGAGCUCCAAACACCUAAGAGGAGACGUCAAUUAUGCUUGGCCCACAGCUGAGGUGGCCGUCAUGGGCGCCAAGGGAGCUGUUCAGAUCAUCUUCAGAGGGAAGGAGAACCAGGCAGAAGCUGAAGCAGAAUAUGUGGACAAGUUUGCCAACCCUUUCCCAGCUGCAGUCAGAGGUUUCGUGGACGACAUCAUUGAACCGUCCACCACACGCAAGAGGAUCUGCCGAGACCUGGAAGUUUUGGCCAGCAAGAAACAGGUCAACCCCUGGAAGAAGCACGCCAACAUUCCUCUGUAAAACUUGCCCUCUCCCCGGUAGCCUGGAGUGUAUAAAACAUAAGCAGCUCAACUCCGGAUUGCAUUUGUAUAAUUUUGCAAUGACAUUCUUGUCAUUAUACAUCGAUGCAUUUGAUUUGUAUCAACAUUUUGUCCAGUUUUAUUUUACCUUCAACUUCACUCCAAAUGUUUGGAUUUAGGUCAAGCAGAAAUGGUGCCUUUAUAAUUGUAAUACAAUAAAUGGACUUGAACAAAACAAACAUUGCAUUUCUAAGUGGAAAAGAACUGAAAAUAUUUUUUGUGAAAUAAAAACUCACCUUGCCAUAUUUCCUGUGGAACAAACUACUGGAAAACAGUUUCAAAUUUGGACAGGGGCUGCAGCUGUCGAUUAAUCUAUCAACUAGUUCAAGUAAUUGGAUUUGGAAUAUUUAAUACGUUGCAGAAUAAAUUUUAGCAGAUGCAAAUACAAAAUUCCCCAGAGUG